CUUUCUUCUUUCUGAAAGCAGGUCUGCUGAGAUGCGCAGGGCUCCGACACAGCGGAGGUCGCGAGGCUGCUGCUGAAUUACAAUUGGGAUACGAAGCCACCAUGAACGAGGGGCUUUUUUUCGUGUAUUACGAAUUACCGCACGUUUAAUUAAUUGAAGCUCUCUUCUUGGGAGGAUUUUGCCCUCUGGUCUCACGCAGGAAUGUUUUUUCUCGGCUUGGUUUUGCUACAGAGGACCACGGAGACCUCGGAAGGCAUCGGUCAUGCUCUCUGGGUUCUGCUUUAGACACCUAAACAGAGGUGCAGUGGCUCCCCCUGAUGGUACCUGGUGUAAUCUGAUCUAGGAGAGGCCCAUGCUCGUCUGCUGCUGACUUGCUAGAAAUGCAACCAUUGGCUCUACACCUCAAGAAAACACAUGGCUGAUACGGCAAGGUGAGGGCCCUGCUGGGAGCGUGAGUUGUAAAGUCCCCAGAAUUACAUCACAUGGAGGUCAAAGGACAUCUGAUCACAUCCAUGGGUUUGGGGGCUCCUGAUGUUCAAGGCUGCCCGGACAGCAAGCUGCAGGCUGAGAGGAUUGCGGCUCUACAAGAGAGGAAGCAGGCCCUGGAGGCUCUCCUCAACACCAGAGUGGGAGAGCUCAAACAAGUCUGUUUGCAGGAAGCAGAGCUGACUGGGAAGUUGCCACGUGUUUUCCCUCUGGAGACGGGAGAGAAACCCCCAGUGGUGCAGCGCAGACUUGGCCUGGCGCCCAAUGCCAAGGCAGAGGAUGAGGCUGCCCAAAGAAAGCAGAUGAAAGACAUCUUCACUGGUGCUCUGUACAGAAACUCAGAAUCAGGCCGAAAUGUCCCAAAUAGCAAGAGGACAGUUCAUCGGGGGUGUCACACAGAGGACACUGUCAUGUCAGAGAGUACAAGCUCCAUGUCAGAUUCAACAUCCCAUGACAAUGAAGAGUCUUCUCCCAGUGUGGCUGCUGACCAGCGCUCUCUGUCUCAGCCCCGGCUCACUGUGGGCAGCCCUGACCACAGGAUCAGCAGGAAGUUGUCGCCAGUGGAGAUUUACUACGAGAUGAGGACACGCCGCAACUCUGUAACAAGCUCUGUUAGCCCAACUCACUCUUUACCAAGAAGUGCAUCUAACGUCGAGGGUAGAAGUGUUCCCGCUACUCCUCUCUUGGCCCGAACUGCUCCAAUCAGCGUUCACGUCAGGUCGGAUGCGUCGGGUGGUAACGGGUUGAAGCAGUGGUCGGGCAGUCUGGAUGUGCCCUAUAUGAUUCCACUGGCCCAGGAGGGCUCUACUUCUGACCGCCGAGGCUGCCCUUACAGCUCCCGGGCCAGGCGCAGUAAUAGCUCAGAGGCCCUGCUGGAUCGGUCGAGCCUCCCUGAUGAUCCUGCUCCGAGAAACGGGAUGCCUCCCAGAGGAGGGCCCUACAAGAGCUCAGAGACACUGACUGAUGGCAAGCUGCGACACAUUCACCUGGGCAGCCCCGAGAGACAUGCUGAUGGCUCUGUGGAACAAGCUAAAAUGCGUCUGUCCAUGGGCAGCAGAGGGGCUGGUGGAGGCUACAAUGAGCUAUUGAUGGACUAUAUCUGGGGGAAACAGCAGAGGAUGCAAAUGCAGCACCACCUGUACCAGUCCACAGGCAGGAUCUGGCAGGACAUGUCCUCUCCUCGUUCCUCGACUGCGGCGGCACCCCCCCAUGUGAAUGGCUUUUCCCAUUCCCAGGUGCACCUCCCUAGCGCUGCCCCACCUUACAGCCCCAUGGUCCUCCGAGGGUCCCAAGCUGAGCUGCGCAGGGUCAAAGUCACCAGAACCAAAUCUUGCGGACCCUUUAUUCCUUUGCAGCAACAUCCCCAGGAUGCCAUCCUGCUGUCAGCGUACGAGUCUCCCCUUCCUGCCUCUGGCACCACCACAUCCUCCAUACCCAACCUACAUCCCUACCAGACCGAGCUGUCUGGCCCCUCCUUCAGCCGCAGACCCCCACAGUUCUCUCUCCCGACCCCAGAGGACUCAACGCGAAGCUUGCAUAAAGCCCUGGCUCUAGAGGGACUGAGGGACUGGUACCUGAGGAACGCCCUCGGCUAUCCUCCUGCUGCCUCAAAGGGCCACGAGGCAGGGAUAUCUCGCCUCUCGCACCCCCACCCUCUAGUGCACCAGGCCCAGUCUGUUCAAGGUGAACCAGCCAACCUCCACAGGUCUCAGAUGCCCCAGUCAGCCAGCUUUCACGGUCACCCGCUGCAUGGAAGGUCGAUGGAGUUCUCUCUCUAUCAGGACACUCCUCAGCCACAGAUGCAAGAGGUGACCCCAAAGGAACCCAGUGCAGACCCAGGCACCUUAGUCUGAAGCAGCAGAACACACACACACAGACACAGACACACACACACACACACUCACACACACACACACACACACACACACACACACACAGUACAUUUUAUGAGCAACAACACUGUAGCCUCACACACACAUCACUAAGACUCACAUAGUCACACAGUCAAGUUGAUACAAUGUGACCUCAACAGCAAAGCAAAACACGGCAACCUCAGCAGAAAGAGACUGGAAUAAAUGACAAACUGUAGCUGUACAGCGUGAAAAGGCCUUGGCAAGUUCCCCGUGUUAUAACUUAUCCCACUUAUACAGUAUCUAAUAACUUGGUCAUGCUGUACUUCAUAUAUUUCUGGUCCUACACGAGCAGUAAAAUCCUUCCUAAUAGCCCUGAAAAGUCUCCCGAGAUAUAAUUUUUUACAGAAUAUAUACAACUCUAAAUUACUAUUUUGUAUCUUCUGUGAUAUAAAGAACAGUUAUAUUAAAGAGGUAAUUUAUUGCUCAUUAAUCGUAUGAUAUACAAAGAUGUUAUAUGAGCUCACAUCAUUUCAAAAGUAUUAGUACAUGCCGGUGAAUGUGUGUUACUAUGUAAACUAUGUAAAAUGCAGAAACAUGCUUCAGUCUUCAUCCGCCAUUAAUUUCGCAGCCAUUUGUACUUUUCACUUUGAUACAUGAAGGGCCAUGAACUGUAGCGUACUGUUGUAGCACGCAGGAGUGCCUAAAUGUUUUAGGCAUUGGUUAGGCACUGGUGAGAAAAGUAAAGUACUUUCUAAUAAUGUGAAAUGCUAGCAUUAAAAUCUUGUAAGGAAAAAUUGAAAGCAAUUCACGAUGUCAUGAAAUUAGGGUACUUGGAAUGAUGUCAUAUAUAUUGAGAUUUGUCAUUUUGUUUUCUAUAUUCAGCUCGGUGCUGGCUGAUACAUGCGGCUUUCUCUGUGCUGACCUUGACAGAAUAAUUAGACCAGUUUUAGGGUAAACUUGAGGGUUGUUGUGAGACCUGCUGUAUGGCAGUAGCACAUGACUAUAUGCCAAUAAUUUACUCAUAUCAAAUCAGUUUUUCUGUAUUUAGUUGUGGAGGAUUUGAAAGUCGUAUGGAGCACUUUAUGAACAUCUUAAGCCUUAAUUCCCUAUAAAAGUGUCUCCAAGAGAGAUGACAGACAAUAGGAAUGUUUUGACAGGGUUUAUAAUUGGGAAACAUUAAGAAAAGUGAGUUUUGUCAACAUCUACUGAAGGUCUAUCUGAGUGUUAGUCUGUAUAUAGUGUGGAUUGUACUGAUGAGUUUGAAGCUGAUAUUCUAUUCCCGUACUAACAAUGUAAUUUUUAAACUAACCACAUAAUAUGUAUUUAAUCAAAAUAACCUGCCCAACUCAUUCCACCCCCAAGUGAGCACUAUUUAAUUGGUUGUAAAAAGUGAGAUUGGUGGUGUGAACAGAAUAGGGCUGCUGCAGUUUUGAAUGACGGUGUGAGCAGGUCUCACACCAGUACAUUUGGUAAUGAGAAUUCAUGCAGGCUGAUUUUUGUAUUUGUCAUGAUUUCAACUCAUUUCAUGUGUAUGGUUUUGUGUUGUUUGUAAAAACUUUACAUUUUUUAAAAUCAGAGUAGUGAUGUGUGAAAUAUAUUCUGAUAUAAGUUAGCAAUCAGAGUCUUGAUAGCGUUCUACAAUGGAAACUUCAGAAAAAUCUGAAUAAUAACUGAAGUCCUCUUAGUGUAAACAUAACUUAACAUAUUUUUUUAAAGUAUUUUUUUCCAUUUAAUGUACUUGAUCUUUGGCCAUCUUGGGACUCAUUUGAAUGUAAUUCUUUACGUUUGUCAUAAGUGAUGUUGUUUUCUACUUUGUUACAAACUGUAGCACACUGUUGAAUGUUACCUGGUUUCUUCUGCUGUCUGGUGUGUUCACGUCCUCUCAGUAUCCAGUUUCAUACUGCUUCUUCCAGCUGGUUAAAGCCUAAAAUCAAAGACCAAACUGCUGUGCACUGGGGGUCAUAAAUGUAUUUUUCAUAAAAUGUAAUGUAAGUUGAAAAUUAAUGAGCUAAAUUCAGCUCUGAAGCAAAUUUAUUCAAACUAUAUUCUAUUUAUGAACCUAUAACAUUUUGUAGCUAUCUACUGUAGCUCUUUCUCAUCAGUGUGAGAACUGGUAAUGUGUGUUAAAAAACAUUUUUUCAGCAGUGUGAUGUGUUAAUAUUUUUAUUUUUUAAUUUUAAUUUUUAAGUGCAGUUGUUUUCUGUUUCUCUCAUCUCUUUAUAUCCAGGCCUAUAUGAAAUAAGACUAGACAGGCCUGUCCUAUACUGUAUGUAUGAGAUUGUGCAUUCAUUCUACUUAAUAAAGUGUCAUGUUCAAAUCAA